AUGGAGGACUUCAGCAGUUUUGUGUUGGAAGAAUAUAUGGAUGAUAGUGAGCUGGAAGUUGUUCUGUCCGAAAUGGAUGAGAGCGCUUUAUACGUCGGGCACCGGACGAGAUCAUACAUACACCGCGAUUUUGUCGAAGCAGAAAGAAUCCUCUUCGAUGAUUACCUCGGCGAGAAUCCCAGGUAUAACGACAGGAUGUUUUUGAGGAGGUUCCGCAUGACGAAGGAGAUGUUCUGGCGCAUUUCCGAUGGCCUAAAGAACCACGAUUUUUUCAAACAAAAAAUCGAUGCCGUCGGAAAGCGCGGACUCUCCACCGUCCAGAAAGUGUGCGCAGCGGUACGGAUGCUGGCAUACGGGACCUCCUCAGACUCCGUCGACGAAUACCUUAAAAUGGGAGAUUCAACGGCAAUGUUGUGCCUAAAGGAGUUUUGCUCCUCGGUAAUCGCAGUGUUUGGUGAUCGUUAUCUACGGUCACCAAACGCUGCAGAUAUUGAGCGACUCCUCCAAGAGGGCGAAAAAAGAGGGUUUCCCGGUAUGCUUGGUAGCAUCGACUGCUGGCACUGGCAGUGGGACAAGUGCCCAACCGCCUAUAAAGGUAAGCAGUAUUUUAGAUGA